AUGGUGUUCUUGCGUGGCGAUGUAUCUGGCGAGCCUGAUCAGACAAUCAACCACAAAGAACCCGGUAGCAAUGUCGAAGUUGUCGACUGGGAUGGGCCGCGGGACCGCGGCAAUCCAUAUAACUGGUCUCUGCGAAGGAAGUGGACGCUUACUCUGCUUGCUGUCUUUGCCACUUUUAUCACGAUGGUGAAUGGCACGAUCAUCACCGUUGCACACGCCACUAUUAACGAGGAGUUUGGCAUCUCUGACGCCUCUUUUCCCAACUCAUAUUGGCCUGUCACGUCAUGGGCUAUGGGUGGCGCCCUCUCAUCGUUUCUCAUCUUGCCGCUCAUGGAAGACUUCGGUGUGCGGCGGGUAUUCCUGGGCACUUAUUUGAUCUUCAUCUGUUUUGUGAUCCCUCAAGCCCUCGCACAAAACUUUGCCACGCUGAUCGUGACGCGGUUCUUCGCUGGUAGCUGCGUCGCUAUUCUGUCCAACACUGCUGCCACGGUCAUCGGAAAUCUCUGGGACACGGAGCGGAACCGUAACGUGCCCGUCAGUCUGUAUAUUGUGUUCUAUCUGGCGGGUGCAAGUAUCGGACCCGUCAUCGGGGCACCUAUUUACCAAUUCCUCGGAUGGAGAUGGAUCAGUUACUUGCAGCUGAUUUGGUAUGGUGCCCUCUUCCCAGUGUAUGCGUUCUUGUUCAAGGAGUGCCGAGGUGUCGCGAUUCUGGGACAGCGCGCAAAGAAACUGCGGAAGGAAGGGAGGCUGGCGUAUACCCAGCAUGAGAUUGACAGCGAAGGGACGCCGAUGGUGACGAUGGUAGCUCGCAGCGCAUCGCGGCCUCUGUUGAUGUUCUUCACCGAGUCGGUGGUGUUCUUUUCGGCUUUGUGGUCUGCAUUCACUGUUGGUACAUUGUACCUGUUCACGCAGUCAGUUGAGCAGGUGUUCACGGGUCUCUAUGGUUGGACACCUGCACAGGCUGGGUAUGUUCAAGCCGCCAUCGUGAUCGGAGAGUGUGUGGGUUGGGUAGGGACACUCUUCUCCGGAAGCCUCUAUUUCAAUUCUGCUUCCCGAAACAAAGAAGUCCCAGGCACUCCCAUUCCCGAAGCGAGACUGUAUCUCGCCAUUGUGGGAGGUGUGUUUGGAAUCUCUGGCGGAAUGUUCACCUACGCUUGGACAUCUUACCCCGACCUGCCCUGGAUUGCACCCGCCAUCGGUCUCGGCAUGGUGGGAGCGGGCAGUGUCAUCGUUGUAACGGGUCUCGCGGACUACGUCGUCGACGCAUACAGCAAAUAUGCAGGGAGUGCAGUCGGAAUCAUCGUCACCGGAGAGAAUACACUUUCAGGUUUCCUUCCUAUGGCUGCGAUGAGCAUGUACUCCACUCUUGGUUUCAACUGGGCCAGCACACUGCUUGCAUUCAUCGCAUUGGCCCUGUCUCUUGCACCGAUUUUGUUAAUUGUCUUCGGACAGAAGAUCCGGGAAAGAAGCCCGUUCAUGAAAGAAGCAAUGCUGGAGAAGAGACGAAAGAGCAUCGACUCCGUCUAA